AUGGAACAUGCAACACAUCUUUCUCACUUAAUCGUCUUGGGUAGUGGUACAUCUGAAGGUAUUCCUCGUGUAACAUGUUUAACAAAAAAAUCUGAAAAUAAUUAUUGUCAAGUAUGUCAUGAUGCAAAUCCAUUUAAAUCUGAAAAAUUAGACAAUAAUAAUAAUAAACGUUCAAAAAAUUUUCGACGUAAUACAAGUCUACUAUUAAAAAUAACAAAUCCUAAUCCUCAUAAAGAAUCACAACAAGAUAAAACUCAUAAAACACCAUUUUAUCAUGUUUUAAUUGAUUGUGGUAAAUUUUUUUAUCCAAGUGCAAUGGAAUGGUUUCCUAUGUUUAAUAUUACACAUUUGGAUUCAGUUAUUAUUUCUCAUUGUCAUGCAGAUGCUUCAUUUGGAAUUGAUGAUUUAAGAGAUUGGUGUUUGAAUGUUGAACAUGGUGGAACAGUUAUACCAGUUUAUAUGACAAAAGAAGAUACGACAAUAAUUGUACAACAUUUUCCCUAUUUUCAAUCAUCUGUUGAAAAUGCAAAACAAAUUGGCGGUGGAAUUCCAGCAUUAAAAAAUUUAGAAAUGGUAGAAAAUAAACCAAUAGAAAUUGUUCCAAAUUAUUUUAUAACUGUAUUUACUGUUAAUCAUGGAUUGGGUAAUAGUUUAGGUUUCUUAUUAGCAGGACCAAAUAAUGAAAAAAUUAUUUGGUGUAGUGAUGUUAAAUUUGUUCCAGAAGAAAAUUUACAUUAUUUUGAAAAUUUAGAUAUACUAUUUUUAGAUUUAUUAUUUGAUAUAAAUCAAAAAAAACAUCCAUCCCAUUUUUGUUAUGAAGAUUCAAUUGAAUUUAUUCGAAAGUUUAAGCCAAAACAUACUUAUUUUGUCGGAAUGAAUCAUACUGUUGAUCAUACAUUGAUGAAUGAAAAACUAAAAAAUGAAUUUAAAAAUGAGAUAGGAAAAAUGAAAGUUGAACUUGGCUAUGAUGGAUUGUGUGUAGAAUUUUGA